UGACGUCCAUGGAAUCGUAGUUCCUGUUUUUCCCGUUGUGCGGCGCCGCUCGCCCAUAAAUAUCCUCUCGGGUAUCCUGAUGUUCGGGUCAUUAAGCAUCCUUUGCUCGAAAAUAAACAGACACGAAAUAAAAGUGCAGGAGUUGUGUACGGGGCAAGUGAAAUCGAUAAAUCAUCUGGAGAAUAUAAGAAGAAAAAAAGAGAUGAAUGAUAUAAGAAACAGAACGAUACAAUUGCUACGUCUCAAUAACCGACACCUCCAGAGACUUCAGGAUGUUCCCGACUAUGAAGAGUUCAUCCUCACGCUCAACGAUCUUCCUGCAAGGCACGUUUCCAUCAGUUGACCGAGGACUACAAGGACGAGCCAAACUCAGAGGAACAUUAGAGGGCAAAAGACAACGUCCUGAAUAUGAUAAGCUGCUUCUGGAUCCAAUGCUAAAAUAUUCUGGUCUUUACGGAGCUGGUGGGGGUCGAGGAGAUUUAGCAGCAUCAUUGCAAGUCUGGGCUGGUGGUCGCCCUCUUGCUCUGCCUAUCUACACAGCAUAUAAGCAUUUCACAUCUCGCUGGAAUUGGAAUCAAUGGGUCACACUACCGAUGUCCUACUCUGACCUGCCACGAGAUGCUCAGCUCUGUGUUACUUUGUAUGACUGUGCGGGACCUGGCAGACAAGUUCCCAUUGGUGGCACGACAAUUUCUUUUUUUGGAAAACAUGGUGUAUUCCGUCAGGGGAUGCUGGAUUUAAGAGUAUGGCCGGGAGUGGAAGCAGAUGGUUCUUAUCCUACAACGACACCAGGCAAAGCUAGAGAUCAUGGAAAGGAGCAAAUGCAACGAUUAGCCAAGCUUGCUAAAAAGCACAGAAAUGGUCAGAUGAGUAAGGUUGAUUGGUUGGACCGAUUAACUUUCAGAGAAAUUGAACUAAUCAACGAGCGCGAGAAAAGAGCAUCAGAAUAUCUCUAUCUGAUGCUGGAAUUUCCUGAAGUCACAAUGGAUGGCGUCCCGUACUCCAUUGUCUAUUACGAGAAGGAUGGAGACGAAGUGGUCCAGCAUAGAUCACAACCAGACGUUGUUACUCUCCCGGAUUAUGAAAUUCUGCAGGAAAAUCUUGUAGAGGCCAAACAUCAUAAACUAGCACGUAGUCUACGUAGUGGUGGAAACACCCGGGAGUUAAAACCAACCUCCAGCGUGCGUGACGCUCUGAACACGAUAUUAGCCUAUCCUCCAACAACAGCCCUCUCCACCGAGGAGCAAGAUCUCAUUUGGAAGUUCCGUUUUUAUUUAUCCAACCAGAAGAAGGCCUUAACCAAGUUUGUGAAAUGCGUAAACUGGAAAGUAGCUGGAGAGGAACGUCAGGCCUUGGAAAUGUUGGUACUCUGGGCACCACCAGAUCCGGAAGACGCUUUGGAACUCCUGGGUCCGGCCUUUACACAUCCUGCUGUGAGAUGUUAUGCGAUCGCUCGUUUAAGUCAGGCACCUGACGACGAUCUGAUGCUGUAUCUUCUGCAGCUGGUGCAAGCAUUAAAGUAUGAGAAUUUUGAAAGCAUAAAAGCUGCCAGUCAGUUGAUUAUCAAAGAAAAAGAUUCUGAUAAGAGUAAUAAGUUUGAUCGAGACUCGAGAGUCACUGAUCAUUCCUCCUCGACGCCUAUGACAACGUCAAGCGAAUCAGAAACGGGAAACGCUCUGAUGUCUAGUCAAGAAUCUUCUAUGGAUCUGACGUCCUUCUUGAUUACGAGAGCAUGUCAAAAUUCAAUGCUGGCCAAUUAUUUCUAUUGGUAUCUUUUAAUCGAAUGCGAGGAUCAAGCUGAUCCUGCAAUAACCGCCAAACAGGACACCCGUGUUCGUGAAAUGUAUAUCACUGUAAUGAAUAUGUUCUCAACGAAGUUGGCGCAAGGUAACGCUAUCUGGCAGAAAAGGCGAGCAUUUCUAUCGCGACAGAAAAUAUUUAUCGAUCAGCUGGUGUCGCUUGUAAAAGCUGUUGCUAGAGAAAGUGGAAAUCGAAAAAGAAAAACUGACAGACUCAGAGCCUUACUGGCCGACCCUGAUCCAACUUUUAAAAUCAACUUUUCGAACUUUGAACCUAUACCCUUUCCACUUGAUCCAGAGAUUUGUAUAAAGGGAAUAAUACCGGAAAAGGCCAGUCUAUUUAAAUCAGCACUUAUGCCGUCGAAGCUGACUUUCUUAACUGCGGAAAAUACGGAAUAUAUUGCUAUUUUUAAACAUGGAGAUGAUCUACGACAGGAUCAAUUAAUCUUGCAAACUAUAGCACUAAUGGAUAAGCUACUUAGACGGGAAAACUUGGAUUUAAAAUUGACACCUUAUAGGGUGUUGGCAACAAGUACGAGGCAUGGAUUUUUACAAUUUAUCGAAUCUAUAACUGUCGCUGAAGUAUUAGCCAGCGAAGGUUCGAUAUUGAACUUUUUCCGAAAACAUCAUCCUUCGGAAACUGCUCCAUACGGCGUAGCACCGGAAGUAAUGGAUACUUACGUACGAAGUUGUGCUGGCUAUUGUAUCAUAACAUAUGUCCUGGGCGUUGGUGAUAGACACUUGGAUAAUCUACUUCUAACCACGUCAGGAAAACUCUUCCACAUAGACUUCGGCUAUAUAUUGGGUAGAGAUCCAAAACCGUUGCCGCCGCCAAUGAAGUUAUCAAAGGAAAUGGUCGAAGCCAUGGGCGGCGUCGGUUCAGAACAUUAUCAUGAAUUCCGGAAGCAGUGUUACACUGCCUUUUUGCAUCUGAGAAGGCAUGCUAAUUUAAUGCUAAACUUAUUCUCCUUAAUGGUGGAUGCCAGUGUACCGGAUAUCGCAUUGGAACCAGACAAGGCAGUUAAAAAGGUACAAGACAAACUACGAUUGGAUCUGAGCGACGAGGAAGCUGUGCACUAUGUUCAAAAUCUCUUGGAUUUAUCAGUAACUGCAGUGAUGGCAGCGCUGGUAGAGCAACUACAUAAAUUCGCGCAAUAUUGGCGAAAAUAAUUAGCCGCUGAUCAUACCUGGGACUAUUUCAAAGACUGUGUUCCUUAGUCAUUCUCUGUAUAUUUCAUGUACAUAAUGAACAAUGCAUCCAUAAAUGUAAAAUAAUUUAUUGUAUUUUGGGGAUUAUUUUAAAUAAUAAUUAUUUGAUAAAAAUUUCAA